AUGGAUAUGGAUAUCGAGGAAGUUGCUAAUAAUACUAAUUUCAAGGAAUAUUCGAAUGAGGAUAAUGAGCUUAGGAUGGAAGUGAAGAGUUUCCUACGAAAAAUGGAGAUCUUAAGGCCUAUGAAUAAUGAAUCAAGUAAAGAAUCGAGGGGUUUCUCUCAGGGUUGUUCGAUUUGCUUGGAGGAGUUUGAUAAGUCGGGUGAUGGUUGUGAACAAGAUGGCGCGUUUUUUCCUUGUUCUCAUGUUUUUCAUGGGGAGUGUAUGGUUUCAUGGAUUCUUGAGGGGAAGAACACAUGUCCGGCUGAGAUGACAAUGGGAUCUCCGCGUGGCACUGCAAGCACUCCCAGUGAUGGAAUAUUGGGGUUGGGUCAGGAAGGCGGUGAAGAUCCCGCCUCUCCCUCCCGGGUUGAACAAGAAAACCCUUCAGAGAACGCGAGUGGUGAAGAGACCGCCUCCUCAUCCGGUUCAGAGCAAAGUGGCAGUAGCAGCAGCCUUCUUACAUCAGAUGCGGAUAUCGAGGAGGAGGAGAGGCCCACAUGGAACAAUAAGGGCGACCCUUUCCUUAUCGCCGUCUCUACAAGAGAUAAGGCCAGCAUGGCCAGAAACUUAGAGGACUUUGUCAAAAUAUGUCCUCUUGGAGAAGAUUAG